ACCAUUAACAGUGUAUAAAUCACGGUUAUACUGCCCUCCUGUGGUCAUACUGUGUAUUACAACAAUCCGCUACUUCCGCUUCCACAUUAUUUUCUACUCUGCUCCUUCACUGGAGAACACCUCGUUCACGGUCCUCUGGCGCCACCUACCGGAUCAACAGAGAACUACAACAACACCGGGAAACAGGACAACGACAUGGCGGCCGCCGCAAGGCUCAUAUCAAGGUUGACUCUGGUCACUGGAGGAGGCAGUGGGAUUGGCCGGGCGGUGUGUCAGCGCUUCGCCUCUGAGGGCGCCUCCGUGGUGGUCGCUGACAUCAGCGAGGAGUCGGCCAACGAGACCCUGGGGAGCCUGCCGAGUGACCUCAGAGGACAGCGUCACAUGGCGGCCGUGGUGGAUGUGGCGUCAAAGGAGAGUGUAAAGAAGCUGGUCACAAGUAUACAGACUCAUUACUUUCAGCCUCCCUCAGUGUGCGUGAACUCGGCCGGCAUCACACAGGACAACUUCCUGCUCAACAUGGAGGAGGAUCAGUUUGACAGAGUCAUCCUGGUCAACCUGAAGGGUUCGUUCUUGGUCACUCAGGCUGUCGCUCAGGCUCUGGUGGCCUGUGGAGCACCCAAAGGGUCCAUUGUUACUGUCGGCAGCAUCGUGGGGAAGGUGGGGAACAUUGGACAGGUAAAUUACGCUUCCUCUAAAGCUGGAGUGGAGGGUUUAACCAGGACCGCUGCCAAAGAGCUCAGCAGGUUUGGGAUCCGAUGUAAUUGUGUGCUGCCAGGUUUCAUAUCGACGCCGAUGACGGAUAAAGUUCCAGAGAAGGUUAUUAACAAGAUGAAGUCCUUGGUGCCUUUGGGAAGAAUGGGUGAGCCUGCAGAGGUCGCUGAUGUCUGUGCCUUUCUAGCUUCAGAUGACUCUCGAUACAUCACAGGAGCCAGCGUUGAAGUGACAGGUGGACUUUUCACUGGUUAAAUCAGCUGUCUGUCACACUGAUGAAGACACAUGGGAGGCCAGUUAGUAGUUAAUUUAAUUGUUUAAAUGAUUCUACUUUAAUUAGGUCUUUUUUUUAAUGAUUACUGUUGAUUAUGUUUUAUAUAUCUGGUUGUUUACAUGUAUUAUACAGUGUAAAGCCAUUUCUUUGUGCCAAUAAAAACCUGUUUGUAAUA